CACACGUGAGAAAUAGUCGUCGUUCUAAAGGCUAUAUUCUCACUGUUGCUUUUAAGUGUUUCAAUAAGGUGAAAUUUAAGUGUAAGUCAGAAAACAACAGUUACUGAUAUCUUAUUACCAUGUACGCGGUACAGAGGUUCUUCAGAAUUUCUUUGACAGACUGUCGACGUUUACCGACAGGGUUUACGUCACUGAAAUCUUAUCUACGACAAUUGUCUAUUGCUGGCGAGGAACAAGUCAUUACAAUUGAUUGCUCUAAUGACCAAAGACUGAUAUUCAAAACGGGUCGACUGGCAAAAUUUGCUGAUGGAACUGCUGUCGCACAAAUGGGUGACACUUCAGUCAUGGUGACGGCAGUUAGCUCGAAGAAGCUUCAAUCAUCAGCUGGUUUUUUACCUCUGACGGUUGAUUUCAGGCAAAAAGCAGCGGCUGCUGGACGCAUUCCGACAAACCAUCUACGUAGAGAACUGGGCCCAUCCGAGCAUGAAAUACUUACCAGUAGAGCCAUAGAUAGAAGCCUUCGACCAUUGUUCCCUCGAGGAUAUUUCUAUGAAACGCAGUUGGUAUGUAACCUACUUGCAGUGGAUGGACUUAAUGAUCCUGAUGUCCUGGCAAUCAAUGCAGCGUCGGCCGCGCUUUGCCUUUCUGACAUUCCGUUUGUAGGUCCUGUAGGAGCUGCUCGGGUGGCCUUAAUAGAUGGAGAGCCUAUCGUUCAUCCCACACGAAGACAAAUGGCUAGCAGUGACCUCAAUCUUGUUGUUAGUGGAAUAGAGGGUAAUAAAGUUGGUAUGUAAUGAAUAUAUUAGCGUUUUGGCAUUUCCAAUGAUAGGUUUUCUAAUAUAGGGUCGUCCAUUCAUGAUAAAAUUAUUUGUUUAAAAUUUUUUUAUUAGA